AUGAAAUCGAGGUGGCAAUCCAUUCUUCUUUAUUUCGUGAAACCAGCCAGCCAGUCUACAUGCAAUUUCUUUCUUGUCAAUAAAUGCUUCUUGCAGAGGGAAAUGAACUCGCUGUUGAUGUCAGCUCCUCUUCAAAUUUGCACUGCGUUCUUAUGUUCCACAUUAUAUAUACUACUCAUACUUGAGUUGAACGUACGGAAGACUAUCUUUGAUAAAGAUAAAGCUGUAUCCUCAGAACGCUUGGCAUUUUCUUCGGAAGCACUAAGUUUCAGAUAUGUGAUCCUCCCCAACAUCACCAAAUGCAGAAGCUCGGCAGUCAAGGCCGUAGUGGUUGUAUUAUCUCGAGCAGGAAACGGCAAAAUUAGGAGUGCCAUAAGAGAGAGCUGGGCAUCAGAAAGAAAUUCUCAAGUUAUACAGGGAAGGUGUGAGCUAUGCUACUACUCUACAGCUCAUCCUUUCUUCGCUGUUGUUCCAUCAGAUUUUAUCGAUGUAGAGUUGCUUCUUGCUAUAGGACAGAACGGUACAACCAUCGUAUAUUUCAUAGUUUCCUCUCCAAAAUAUAAUUUUGAGCUGGAUAGCCUGGCUGCAGAGAAGAGAUUAUACAACGAUAUCAUUGCACUAGAUAUUACUGAAUCCUAUGGAAAUUUGAUACUCAAGGUCUACGCGACGCUCAUGUUCUACAGGCAACAUUGCGAGCAAGUCGCGCAUCUGAUAAAAGUGGACGAUGACGUUGUUCUUCUUCUGGACAAAAUACUCAGCAUAAGAAAGAAUGUAGACGAAAACGUUAUUUACUGCCAACUAUGGAAUAACCACGCACCAAGCCGUAAUCCUAUAAGCAAAUGGUAUGUCCCAAGAAGCUCGUGGCCGCAGGAUGUGUAUCCUGACUACUGCGAUGGUCCGGCGUACAUAAUAGGAAGAAAAGCAGCAAAAAAGCUUCUUGAUGCAACUCCUAAACUUCGCCGAUUUUACUUCGAGGAUGUGUUCUUUACUGGUAUUGCUGCUGACUUUGCCGGAGUAGCGAGACGAAAUUGGUCCGACGUGAUGAUAUUCACUGAUCGGUAUUACUGGCGGGCUCGUGAUGAAUGCAGCAUUGCAAAUACAUCUGAAGUCGUUGCCGUGCAUUCGCUACCUUCUCCGGAGUCACUGAAGUCAGGGUUCAAGAAAGCUCUCAGGUUCAAAUGUGAAAACAUAAAGCGAUACGUUAUGCAUUACUGGAAUUGA